AUGAUUGCUUCUUCCACCUUGAGCGUUCCGAAUCUCGGUCUCGCACCCAGAACCAGUUAUGCAAAUCACCAACCAAUACUCAAAACUCCAAACGCCUCCGCUUCCUCCUACGAGCCGCAGGCUCGAAAACCCAAGGGUAGCUCUCAACUGACUCGAUGGUCCAGGGCGCGGGCCAUACGCUCGGGUCGGAAAUUGGACCGCGCGGGCCAGCGGACCCAGUUGCUGGAAUCGAAUUCUCCGGUGCAGCCGAGAGAGCGCGUCUCGCUAGACGUCAAGGAUGAUACUUCAACAGGAAGCGACAGCGAGUAUGACGUGGAGAUGACGGCGGGGAAGUCGAUAUACAUGGUUUCUGACGGAACUGGGUGGACGGUCGAGCACUCCGUGAACGCGGCGUUGGGCCAGUUCGAGCAUUGCUUGGUCGAUCGGGGCUGCGCUGUCAAUACCCAUUUGUUUUCUGGGAUUGAUGAAGUAGAGCGGUUAAUGGAGAUUGUAAAGCAAGCAGCCAAAGAAGGUGCCAUGCUUGUGUACACAUUAGCUGACCCAUCAAUGGCUGAGUCUGCUAGGCAUGCCUGUAAGCAUUGGGGCAUACCAACCACAGAUAUGUUGGGUCCAAUUACAGAGGCCAUAGCAACCCAUCUAGGCGUGUCACCCUCUGGCCUUCCUCGUGGGGCUCCUGGCAGGAGCUUUCCUCUUACAGAUGACUACUUUCGUAGGAUUGAAGCCAUUGAAUUCACUAUCAAGCAAGAUGAUGGGGCAUUGCCCCAGAACUUGCACAAGGCUGACAUUAUACUUGCUGGGGUCUCUCGUACUGGGAAGACCCCGCUGUCGAUUUAUCUAGCGCAGAAAGGUUACAAAGUGGCAAAUGUGCCUAUUGUGAUGGGGGUUCCAUUGCCAAAGGCCCUUUUUGAGGUUGACCCAGAAAAGGUUUUUGGUCUCACUAUCAAUCCUCUAGUGUUGCAAACAAUUAGAAGGGCAAGAGCUAAGACUCUGGGAUUUAGUGAAGGAAUGAAGAGUAACUAUUCCGAGAUGGAUCAUGUGAGACAGGAGCUGGAAUUUGCUCGAAGGAUUCUUGCACAGAAUCCUGUCUGGCCAGUAAUUGAGGUAACAGGCAAAGCAAUUGAAGAAACUGCUGCUGUUGUACUGAGGCUUUAUCAUGACCGGAAGCACAAGUGCUCAAUGCCAAGAAUAUCAAAACGUUAUUAA